AUGAUAGCCAGUCUCUUCGGCGAAAGCGCCAUAACCAAUGAACUGUUGAUAGACUCAUUCCUGGCCUAUCUCAGUAAAGAUGAAAGAGAGUUGGUCAAGCUCUCUCUGAAUAAGGGAUUGGAUAAGGAACACGAGGAGGAAUGGCUGGAACUGUUGGAUCGGUUUGGGUGCAAGACCAUUCCCAAUGCGGAGCAAGUCGGAGAUAUCGUCUUGGAGAUAGCCCAUAAGGAGUUGGUCCAAACGCCAAGAUACAUCAUCGACAGCUGGAGCACACCGUUACUUGUGCUUCAGCAAGAAUUUCAGUCACCAGAUCUGCUUCAGCAGUUGUUUGAAAGAGGAAAACCGACCACUAAGAAGGUGAUAGCACUUUUAGAUGCAAAUGCUGAAACCAAUGCUCAAAGGGAGACCAUGUCCUACCUGAAGCAAUAUGUACGUGGACUGGAGAGUGAGAAAUUAACGAAGUUCCUCCGAUUUUGCACCGGUUCCAAUAUGAUGUGCGUGGAGAAGAUCACCAUCUCAUUCAACACUUUGGAGGGUGCUGUUAGACGACCUGUGGCACACACUUGCGGAGCAGUGCUGGAUCUCCCUACUACAUAUCCAUCCUUUCCUUUGUUCCGCGAAGAGUGGAACAGUGUCCUGUCGUCUGAGUAUUGGGACAUAGAUUUCCUUUAG